AUGGGAACCCCUAUGUCUUGGUCUCCGCAGCAUCGGCUGCGCGCGUAUCUCACUAGUUUGGUCUUCUCAGUUUGUUCCUUCUUGGUCCUUUCCUCUGUGAACCGGCCGUUGUCCUCCAUACAAGCCCCCCCUCCGACUUCCCUGUCUCGUGUUUCUGCGCCUGGCGCGGCUUCUUGGUUUCCGCUAUGGCGCGUGGCUGCUGCGUCGGAUGCCCCAGCCUCGCCCGAGGACGACGUCAUCCAGGAUGAUGACGGUGGCGACGGCGAUGAGGCGCAUGAGGAGGCGGGUGACUCUUCGCCCGAUUCGACGGCGACGACCGAUUCGACGGCGACGACCGAUUCGACGGCGACGACCGAUUCGACGGCAACGACCGAUUCGACGGCAACGACCGAUUCGACGGCAACGACCGAUUCGACGGCAACGACCGAUUCGACGGCAACGACCGACUCGACGGCAACGACCGACUCGACGGCAACGACCGAUUCGACGGCAACGACCGAUUCGACGGCGACGACCGACUCGACGGCAACGACCGAUUCGACGGCAACGACCGAUUCGACGGCAACGACCGAUUCGACGGCAACGACCGAUGCGUCGACAGGGGAGGUCUCAACGGUCUUCUCCAGCGCAGUGGAUCUGCAGGGCGAACGGCCAGUUGUCUCUGAAUCGAAGUUCGCAGCCGCCGCCCAAGUGCUGGAGCAAGAAUUCGAUGCAGACGUGAGCGACGGCCCAUCUCCAGACGCGAUCCGAAGCGUCGGCGACAACACGCUGGUAGAAGAGCAGGCUGCCACGCAGGCCAACUUCGUCUCCUACCUCCAGUCGCGUAUCGAGGAUGUGCCUCCAGUAGGCACCGCCCUUGUAGACCCCGCUCGCAUGCAUCUGGCGGAGAUUAUGCUGGAGCUGAGCCGCUCUGCAAUACCCAGCGCCGAUGAAGCCGUGACGUGGAUGGAGCGAGGAAGGGAGCAAGUCGGCGAAAUGGCCGCCAUCGCUGACGCCGUUCGGGCAGACAGCGUCCGCGAAAAACUCCAGGCUGUUCUUCACCUGAAAGCCCAUCUAGACUACCGAAGCAGCAGGCUAAAUGGGCAGAUGGAGACCAAGCCACGCAACGCCAACAUCAUCAGUGGUUUUUUUGCUGAACUGAAGCGGGUGAAGCGCUUCGCCAUGAAGCGCGUGCAGAAGAUCUACGUCGAGGGACGAGCGCUGCGGAAGGCGUUUAACAAGCAGUGGGCGAAAGUCAGGCCCGCAGAAGAGCGCCUGCAGGCCGCCUUGGAAGACGGCAGGGAUGCCGUACGCCGCAACCUGUCAGACUUGGCCAAGGUGGCGUUGGGGCGCGCGGAGGCUUGCCGCGGAAAAGAAGACGUGGUCGCCUCGGAGCGCCGCAAGCUGGCGCACAUGCUCAAGAAAGCGAAGGAUGCCGCAGGCCAGUGUGAGAGCAUCGGCAGGGCCGUCGCCGAGCAGCAUCGCCAAGGGCUCGUUAUGGAGCCGGCUGUGCUUGAGAACGCGGACAGAGCCCAGAAACUCGCCGACAGCCUCUUUAGCGACAUGGAGAGCGCAAGACAGAGCUUGACGGAAGGCGUGGCGACCUCGAGCAGCGUCGAGAGCUGCGCCCAGACAGCGCUAGGGCUUCUGGAUUUGGAGCCUCUCGCUUCCUAUCAGGAUGACGGCGUGCAGGCGACAGUAGCAGAGGCACGUGAGGCAACGAAGAAAUUCCUCGAGGAGCACACGCGGCAGGCGCAGCAGCUGCUGGGAGACGGCGGCGAGGCGUUUCAAGCAGCUUCAGAGGCGUUCGUCGCGUGUGACGCGGCGACAAAUGCCUACUGGGUGGCGGUUGAGGCGGUCACGGAGUCACCGUCGGCGAGCGAGUCAGGUCUGCGGUUGCUGCAUGAAGCGUUGACAGCGAAACUGGCGACGGUGCAGAAUUUUGUAAGGCUUCUCAAGGAGCUGGAGUCUCUUGUUUCGGAGGUGCUCGCGGCAGAGACGCCAGUCACCGUCGGCGGCAUGAGGGCCGCGAUUUUGGACUUGAAUCGAGCCGCCGCUCGUCUGAAGACGCUCGAAGUUGUGGUCGUUUGGAGUCAUAUCGCGCGAACGGCCAUGGAUGUUUUGCCGCCGCUGGAAGAACGUCUCGCCGCGGCACAGCGGCAACUCAGCGCGGCACCUCACAGCGAAGCCCUGCAGCAGCUGAGGUCGGCGGUCGCCGCCGACCUGCAGGUGUGUGCGUCAGGCAAGGCGCUCGCGGCGCCGUUGGCGUCUCAGAUCGACAACUUGACAGUGCGCAUGCAGGAGACGGUGCAAAAAAAGAGCGAUGCUCUCGCGAAGGUCGAGAAAGCCAUUUCGAACGCAUUCGACAAUAUCGCGAAAUACCUUAAGUUCGUCUACGAGCAUGCGAGGAGACGGCCGCUGACCUCUGAAGCGGAGAAGCAGUUCGUGUCUGCGCUUUCGUCGCUGAACCCUCGCGCGCUCGCGAUUGCCCGCAAACACUCCGAAAAGAGUCGCGGCAAAGAAAUGCGGAAAGCAGACGCGGCGUCUCUCGUGUACUACAUGCAUGCGUCUCUCUCUGCGAGUGUAGCCGUGCAAGCGUUUCGCGAUGUCCGCGAGAUGGUCACCUUUGCCGAUGCGAGCGGUUUGCUUGAAGAAACCAACACGCUGCGGGCGCAGCUGCGGGAGGUGCAAGACGUGAUUGGCAACUACGUCGACCAGUGGACGCCGCAGACGGUGAUCAACAGGCUCAACAAUGUGCAGGACUACCUCACGGAAAUCGAGACGCGCGUGUAUAGCGCCGUCAAGUCUUUGAAGAAGCACAAGAGGGUGCUGCACCAGAAAGCUAGAAAGCUCGCCACGUUUACCGGGAAGUUCUACAACGCGACUGGGCAGAUUCUCGGCAACGACUUGGCCACUGCAAAGAAGUACCUGUUGGGCUCUUGGGCGAAGCGCCGCGAGGUGGCUCGCGACUUGGUGGAAUACAAGAAGGCUGGCGUGGCGCUGAUGCGCUUGGUGGAUGGGAGAGCAGGGCCGAUGAGUUUUGACGAGGGCGAGGCCUUGAUUCAGCACGCCGAAGAGCUCAAGUCGAAUGCCCAGAGGCUGUGGAGACUGCUCAAGUCAAUCUUCCGGGCGGUUCGGAGCAAGCUGAAGACGAUGAUGCGGCGAGAAGCUUUCAUGCCUCUCUCUCUGAAGGCCAAGUCCGUUCACCUGCGCGAGCAGAUUGACUCUCUCGUGAAUGGCUUGUGGGCUGCGGCGCAGGCGACGUAUCAGACGCAGGUCCAAGUCGAGGAAGCUGUCUCAACUUGGAAAGGCGCCGCUAGUCAAGUUCUCCAGCGCGCCAUGAUGAAGAAGCUCAGCUCGAUCCGGGAGAACGAGACCAAGAUCUUGAAGCACGCGGCGGCGAAGCUCAAAGAGACGACUCACCAGCUGGAGAUAGCGGCGGCCUUUGCCAGAGGGGAUCAGGCGCCUGUUGACCACCAGGAACGCAACGCCUGGGACGAGACUCGCGAGAUGCUCCUGGGCAUGGAGCAGUCGCUGGCGGCGACGUUGCAGUGGGGAUCGAAAGCGGCCGCAUACGUCACGGAUGUAGGUAAGUGGCUGAAGGCUCGCCCGCGGGUGAUCGACGACGAGGCCGCCUCCGAGUCUCGCAGAGCUGCAGUGAAGCUGCACGCGCACACCGCCGAGGUUCUCGAUCAACUAGAGCGGGCUGUCUACAACUUAUCGACCCUGCUUCGCACAGGCAUAGCCGACAACGCGGCGGCAGGGUUGGAGAUUUUUAUCAGCGAGCAGGAGCGCCUCGGAGCGGAGCUCGAGGAUCGCGUCAAUCGCCUGGAUGCCCUCGCGGCGGCCAUGGAAGGAGCGAUGAAGGAGGCAGCAUCAGAGACCUGGCGAAAAAGCGCGGGGGAAGACGAAGCCGCGGAGGAGCAGUUGGCGGCGCUCACAGAGGACAUGCGGUCGCUUCUCGCGCAGUGCGAUGAAGGCACUGGAGCGCCUGACGACCCCGAGGCGCUUUCGGCCGGCAUCGACAAGGCGGAGCGUGGAGCGACGACGCUGGUGGAGAGCGAUACGCAUCUGGCUCGCGUCUUGGAUCAUUUCAAGGAGCUUGCUGACGGCAACCGCGCCAAAAUCGGCCUCCUUCGGGAUGCCGUGGCGAAGGCGGAGAAGACUGCAGAUACGCUCCGGCCGGUGCUGAGUUCGCUGGAGCGAGAACUCGAACUCACCGCGCUGAUGAGAGCGACGCGCGCGCGUAGCGCGGCUGCAGCCGAAGUGGAGAGCGAGGUGGCGGUUGUCCUUCAGAAGCUGCGCGACGAAAUUCCUGCGUUGCAAGAGGCGCGAGGCCGCGACAUCGUGGAGGAUGAGUGGCGCGAGGUCUACGAGCUCACUCAGCAGGCGAUUCAAGUCUUGUACGAAGCCGGGGAGAAAGAGCCUGUGUGGGCGCAAGAGUUGGAGGGGCUGAAGCAGCAGCUGAGCCGAAUCAACGAAGAGUGGGAGCAGACAAUGCGAAAGGGGCAGGUGAACCAAGAUCUGCAGCAGAAGAUAGAUACCAUGUGGCAGCUGGGUGAAGCGAUGACAAAGCAAACGCAGCAACUCACCGACUUGCUGGCGGCCGAAAAACGGGCUCACGGCGAGCUCCGCGAGCUGGUCGACGUCGUGUCUAGACGCAUCUCGCGCCACACUGUGCGUCUCCAGCUGAGCAAACUGGAAGACAUCGCCCGCCAGGAAGCGAUUGAACGUGAGCUCAUCGCGACUCUCCAGGGGACUGCCGGCGCCAUGCAGCGGCAGCUGGAGGAUGUGAGGGACUUGCUCGUGUCGCAGAGCGCGCGAGACGAGCAGGGCGACACAGCCCUUUUGGAGGCGGCGCCGACAGUCGAUGCCGCUGUGGAGCCAGUCGUCCGCGCCGUAGGCGACGCCCUCUCAGACGCGCAGGCACAGCUCCAAGAUGUGCGGAGACCCGCGCUGGAGUCUCUGCUUCGCGCGCUGGCGGCGCCGGACACUGUGGGACAGGAGCCUGUGGAGGCACGGGUCGCCACUUUGGGGCAGAGCGUCGCAGAGGACCAAGAAACCCUGGAGCGUGUUGGCAAAACCCUGGCGGAAGUCGAAGACCUUCGGGCCACCGUACAGCGGCUGGAUGCUGAGAGGCGGUCGAAAGAGAGUAUCAUCGUUCUUCGCAGCCUCCACCCCGAUCUCGAAGAGAAGGCCGCGGAGCUCCUUGCCGGAGAGCAGAAGCUGGAGUGGCGAGCGCGUCUGCAAACACACAGAGGCUCUCGCUUCGCUGCCAUGUUCGCAGAGUUCCUUGGCACGAACACAGAGGCAGGCGAAACCGCAGAGCUGCAGGGCGACGAGCUGGAUGCGGCGGAGAUCGACAACAUUGGCUCGUGGCUGGAAGAGAGCGUGGAGCUGCUGCAACGCGCUGCGGAGAUGCGGACGACCUGGUCGCCGAAGUUGGAGGAGCUGAAGCACGCUUUUGAGCUGUCAGAGGCGCAUACGGCUCGCGUGACUCAUCCGGAUGCCCACGACAGUGUCAAGCCGAGUGCGGACAGUGUCGAAGCGGAGAACGCGCGUGUCGGGAAGCUCGUCGGCGAGGUGCUCGCGGCAGACCGUGCGACCGAUGAGGCCUGCCGGCGACUCCAGCGGCAUAUUGAAUUGAUUUCGGGGAAGUUCCGAGUGUUUAAGAGCAAGGUCAACAUCGUGGCCAAGCGCGACACACAAGUCCAACUGAAGGACUUUAUCGCUCAAUUCACAGACCGUCUCCGUGGCCUGCGCGGGCAGCUCGACGAGUUCCGCAGUCUCCUGGCGAACCAGCGCCCUGCUCUAGCGAAAGCGGGCGAAGAAGGCCCCGAGGCCGCGAUCUCCGCGGAAGAUCUGGAAGAAGCAGACCGUUGGGCGCAGAGGGUUCAGGCCCUCAAAGCGCAACUCGAGGAAACGUGGGCGGCGUAUGCAGACGACCGUGAGCGGCUCGCGCAGAUCAGCGAGGCGCUGCAGUCGCCGCUGGUGCCCACCGAGGAAGCGACGGAGUACGCGGCUUCCGCCAGCCUCGCGCCGCUGCUGAGCGAGCUGCUGAACGGCGCCGAGGAGAAUCGCGUGCGCGCGCAAGAGGCAGAGGUCCUCGCGCGCAGCAUCGCCGAUGACCUGAACUCCCUGAGAUCAGAGGCGCCCGCCCUGCUGGAAACUGUUCAGGCUGGCCUCCGAGUGUAUAGGCUGACGGUAGAUCAGGCGCUGCUCAGGAACAGGGUAGACGAACUUGUGGCGUCAGCGAACGAAAGCGGGCGCGAGGCUGAAGGCCUGAUUGCCCAACUGCGAAGCAUCGUGGCGUGGGCUAAGGGGCGGGGGACGGUUGUGAGCGCCUUCGACCUCGACGACGAUGCGCGGCAGGCGAUAGGGACAGCGCGAGCGAAGCUGGCGGCCGAGAGCGUCGCCCGCCUGAAGACGGAGUUUUCUGCUGUCUCCAGCCAGAUUGACACGUUGGAAGAACAACUGCAGGACGCGGAGGAGAUAUCGGGGGGCGGCGGGCGUCUGUCUGAGGAGCUCGAAUCUGCCAAGCUGGCUUGGUCGACCGUCACCGAAAGCGUGGACAGGGCCGGGGAUGCGGUUGAGUUCGCAGAAAAUAAAACCGCCGAACUCGACGCGGCGCUGAGAGCGGUGUUCGACUUGCUAGCGGAUUUUUCUGGGUCUGUUGCGCGCGAAGGCGUCUUUGGUCUUCUUGACGCGGAAGAGAGACGGAGGCGAGAGAUCGAGCAUGUUUGUCAGAAUGUCCUCGCCUUGACCCACGAGAUGUCUGCCGCGCAGAGGGACGCGGCGAACGCCGACGCCGAAGAUGGGGAUUCUGAAGAGACGGUGCAGCUGUUUGAUCGCGUGGACGGUUUGCUCCGCCGCAGCAAGGACCUCGAUGAGGCAGAAGGUCAGGUCGCAAGAAUGGCGUGGGAGAUCAGCCAGACGGAGGAGACGGCGGAUCAACAGAGCGAGUGGGAAGAGCGAGAGGACACGCGAGACGCGCUCGUCUCUCUCCGCGCAGUUGUGUCGCAGAACAAAGCCAGCCUGAGCGAGUGCAGCUCGCUCCUCGCCGACGCCACAUCUCGCCUGCAAGAUAUCGAACAGCUGCGAAAGGCGCUGGGCGCGUCUAAGUUUUUGGCGGAGUUGCGUAGCCGGCAGACUGCCGUGGCAGAGGCUGCUGCGGAGUUGGCGGAUGAACUCGAGGCCAGCGUGACGGAAGCCAUUCGCAUGGCCUCUCAGCUGAAGGCCCUGACUGGAGCGCAAAGCGCAGAACGCGUUGAGGGCGACGACACAGCAGUGGUGCCGCAAGCCGAGGCCCUGCUGGCUGCUGCCUGGCCACGCGAAAAGAGAGCAGAGGAGGCCGUUGCGGAUAUGUCGGAGCUGCUCAACGGCGUGGACCGGGAGCUUGUGGGUCUGAAGCCGUCUGCAGCCCAAAUGCCUGAAGAGAGCGCCGCGCGACUGAGCCGCGCAGAGCUACGACAGACGUCUGUGCGAGACGAGGUUUCCAAGGUCGACGUCCUGCGCAUCUCCCUGCUGCAUGCCCUCCAGCAAGUCGAGCUUGCGAUGGAGGAGGUGCGUCAGUCUCCCGGGACCGAUGGCGAGCAAAAUGCUCACCAGGAACGAAUCGGGUCGCUGCUUGAAAAUCAGGAAGGCGUGGCUGAGGAAAUCGCGCGCUACCAAGAAAGCGUCGAGCGCCUUCAGUUGCAGAUUGAUGGCGUGUUGGAGACGAUCGCUGCAGUCAACCGCCCAGACGCCACCCUGCUGGAGCGCGCCCGCGAGCUCGGACCCAUCGCAGACGAUCUGCAGCACUUGGUGGAGGAGGGCUUGGCGAAUGCCCAAGCGCUCUCGGCUAUCCUUGCAGAGGCUGACAACAGAGUGAACGCCUCGCGUGCGGAGUGUGCGAAGUGGGAGCCGCAGUGGAAGCGGUUCGAAGCGCUCGAGGCGUCGGUCAGUGUCCUCCUUGGCAUGGUUGAAAAGAAUGCGACAGCGCUCAGCGCGCUCCGAACCCAGAUGGCAACUGCCAUUGUAAACGUGGAGGCCAUCAGCCGUUUCUCACAGGCAUCAGGCUUCGCGUCAGUUCUCGAGGGCGUUGAGCAGGCAGCGGAAAGCACGCGAGCCAACGCCGGCGCGGUGGUGAACCAGGCGACGGAGGUGCGGUCUGCUGUCAGCCGCGCGUUGCAGUCGUGCCGUGCCGCGCUUGCUAACGCAGGCCAUGGAGAGGAUAUCGCCGAGCUCGCGGCUGCACAAGAGGCAGCGGCCUUUGUUCUCGACGACGGAGUGAAUCGUCUGAACCAGGCGGCGGCGGAGGUGAAGGGCAUCGAAGCGGCUUGGGAGGAGCUGUUUCAAACCGGGACUGUGCUUCAGGGGAUUGAGCUCGCAAGCACAGAGCUCGAAGAGCGUCGGCGGCAAGUUCUCGAACGCUUGGAGCCCCUGGGGCCUGUCGUGGAGGGAAUGAGACUUUCCCUGCAGCAACUUGGCGCACUGCUUGAGCAACUGGGGCAGGAGGUAACAGAGGUGACUAACGGCAUCCAGGAGGUCGUCAUCAAUUUGAGUAAAGAUGUUGCCGGGAUUGAGUCGGCGCUGGAUAGAGCCCGGCAAGAGAUCAUGGAGAUGACCGCAACUGCAACCAGUGUGAAGCAAGAAGCGAAAUCUCUCCUGCGGACGCUCCGCGCCCGCCGGCGAGGGGACCUGCCGGCCGAGGAAAGCGAAGCUCUUCGAGAGGAGCUGCGUCGCCAAGUUGCCGCGCUUGAUGCUGACGCGUCUGGAUUGUCUCAGUGGCAGCAACGCGCGGCCGCGCUCCACGAGGAGAACGCGCGUGUGAGGGAGGCGCUUCAGCAGCUGCGUGCCAGGAAGCUCGCUGGGGAGCUUGAGGACGCCGUCGCGCGAUCGGAGGCUGCAGCCUUGAGCAACGAUGCCUCCCUCGAUCGUCUUCGCAGGCGACUGGACGAUCUUCAACGCGGCUUAGAAGUGGUGCGUGCGGAAGGCGCAAGCAGCAUCGACGUCGCUGCGGACUCUCAGCUGCGCAUUUUGGUCGACAGCAUCGACGCCUUGGCGGCGCGAAUCGAACGGCAGGAAUCCACGCUGAAGGACCUCGCCGCGUCGUUGGCAGAGCGGGUGUUUCCCGCAGAUCUCGCGACCACCGAGCAGCUCUGGGCAGCCCGAGAGGCCCUUCGACCCCUUGAGCAAGAAACGGUUCAGGCCUUGGAUACGCUCGAGAGUCUUUUGCGUGAAGCCGCGUCUCUGCAAGAAAGACAGGAGUCCUUGGUCGCGGAACUCGAGAAGGCGGAGAACGCCGCCAGUGCAGACGGGCCCUCGGCCCUACACGCAGUUGCCCGCGAACUCCAGAGACACGGAGCUGAACUCGAAGCGGCGCUUGAUAGAGGACGAAGCACUGCCGUCCGAGUUGAGAUCUGGAUGCGUGAGCAGGUCAUGACUGACGCAGUGGAGAAGCUGCUUCAUCCGAUCUUGGCAGCCAGCGAGCGUCUCGGCGACCUCGUUGAGAAGGCGGAAGAAGAGGUCGCGAGCAUCAGGACAGAGAGUUCAAAGUGGCGCGAGAUAGCUGCAGACGCCGCCCGCCAGCUGGCCGCGACGCUGCAGAGCGGCGAGGCGGCGUCUGCGGCCGUCGACAGAGUGACCUGUCAUUGCCAAGAGGAGGGUCGCUGUCCGUUGAAUGAGCUCGGCGCCUUGACGACCGGUGCAGAGAGGAUCGUGCAGCAGGCGAGUGUGGCUGUGGGCAGCCUAGAAAGCAAAGUGCAAGCGACUCGGAGCUUGUGGCCCAGCAGCAGCAUCGCGGCCCCGGAGUACCUGCAGCCGUAUGUCGCACGAGCUCAGGAUGGCUUGCAUGCGGCUGAGGCGCGCGUGAAGGAGCUGCAGAAGGACGUUUCCUUCAUCGCGGAAGAUCUGCAGGUUUUUGGUGACCAAGCCGCGGCGACGCUCGAGGCCGUGCGUGACCUCAUCGAGCGAAGUCUAGGCGAGGAGAUGGCAGUUGUGAACGGCGUCCAGGAGCAGUUCGCUGCGAAGAAGGCGACGAUCGAGCGCAUGGCGGCUGAGGUGAAGCAGCUGAAGGAGUACCUCGAGGGCCUCGCUGAGUCGAGGAACUACUUGGAUGCCGUCUUCACAGCUGACGCAGCAGUCGCGAGGGCCGAGAGUGUGCUUCGCGAAGUCAAGGAUGAACUAAGCGACAUGAGCGAGGUGCAGCUGGCAGAACCUGAAGAGGGAGUUUCAAACGCUUGUGUCGACAACUGUCCUCUGAAGGGGACUGUUCACGAGUGGCGAGGCCGAAUCGAGACGACUCGCGCGCAGAACGCCGCCAUCGUCGCGGCCGCCAGGACCGUCGUGGAUGAGGUUGAAGCGAAUGUCUCAACGGCCAAGUCGCUGCGGGAUUCUAUCGUCUCCAGCUACGAAAGUGAAGCGGCGGAUGUGACUGCCGGGGUCACGUUCAUGAAGGUGUUGACCGCUGACUUGCACCGAUGUCUCGACGGCCUAGGCCGCGCCCGCGCCCUUCUGGGCGUCGUCGAGGAAAUCCAGGUCGCGCUGCCGCAGGCAGGAGAUCUUGUGCAGGACGAGUCUGGCGUCGUCUUCCAGGCGCUGGAAAACAUCGAGCAGAAGUUAGCAGAGGCGGCGGCGCUGACUGACCAAUGCAAGGCGUCGUUACCCGACAUGGCUCGUUACAAAGCGCUCGCAGGGGCGAACGUGCACGGCGCAGCCGCGGCUUCAGACCCCGCGGCCUCGGGGGCUGAGACCGCCUUCCAGCUCGCAGUCCAGCAGUCUCGCCAGGUGAUGCAUGAGCUGGAAGAGGUUGCGCAGGCGGUGGAGGCGGCGCAGUCCAGCUUUCUCGAAUUUUGCCGAGGGGCCGCGACGCGCACCGCCGACAGAAGCUUCGACGCGGCGGAGAAUUCUGCAGUCGAGAUGAAGGAACUCGUCUCCGAUGUCAACGACAUCGCGCAGUCGCACGCAGCGCUGAUCCAGUUGAGCACCAAGCAGCAGGGCUCGAGCGCAUCUCGUGAUGUGGAAACCGAGGUCGCAGCGCUUCUCGAAUCCGCGAACGCAGCGCUGGCCCAAGCGGAGCGGCGGGCGAAGCGGAUUCAACAAGAUGUGACUCUUAUUCGGGAGGGUGUGUCUACUGUCCGUCGCGCGGAGUCGUCUCUGCGACAGGCACUUCUCGACGGCGACCGUUCGUUGCAACUCAGUCUGACUGCCGUCGACGCCACUGAGGACGCUGUGCGGCAACAACUUCUCAGGGCCUCGACGCUCGUUCAAGAGAUGGACACUGCCGCGCGAGUCAUUCGCCAGUUGCCGGUCAACGGAGAGAUUGUCACGGCGAGCCACGCCAGCAAAAUCAAGCAGACGCCGGAACCAAAGGUUGGGAACGACGCUGCGCCGGCUCCACCCAGCUCCGCAGUGGCUGCCGAGAUGAAGCGCCUUUCAGAGCAUCAACAGCGAGCUCAAGCGAGCCUGGUGUUCCUCCGUGACCGUAUGGCGAGGCUCCAGUCGGCAAACGAAUCCAUGGAAUGGGCCGUUCGAAGACAGGCGGAGGCGGCAGCAAAGUUGGGUCGCUUUCUGCAGGGAACGAGAUCCCCAGAAACAAACACCGAAGGAGGGCGUGCGCGUCGGCUAGCAGAAUCCGAGGGCGAGGCGUCAGAAGACUCCGCGUUCCUGCAGAAAAACGGUGCGUCGGCUUCGGUAGCGAGCCGCGCGGCGUCGCUCCUUGCGAUUCGCCAGGACGUGGCUGUGGCGAGAAAGGCUGUCGAGGAUGUCGAGAAGGCCAUUGAGGAUUUGUGCAGAGGACAGGAGGAUGCCGCGAGGCACGUCCAAGAGCUGGAGGCGGCCGCCAGAGAGCUUGGGACGGACGAGCAGCAGCCAACGAGUGAUCCGGCGUUAGACACGAUGCGGCGGGAGACGCAGCAGAUGAUAAGCGAUGGCAUGCAGCUCUACAAAGAGUACGGAAUCCAGCUUUCAGAUCUGAAGGAUAGGCGCGCAAAGAUCGAGAGAGCGAUCGCCCGGCAGUCUGAAGUUGUCCGGGAGUUGAUCGCGGGCCUCCAGAUGUCUCAGACCGAUCUGUUUGAAGUCUCGCGCGACCAGGUGAGGAGGCUCUUGACAAAAUUCGAAACCGACAACGAAAACGCAAAGCGCUGGAUCAAAAACAUCCGUCGCAUCACGACACAACUCGCCAGUGUGCCUGACGAGCGGGAAGCGGAGAAGGCGCGCCGCCUGGUUCAAAAAGUCAAGUCCGUCGUCCGUGAGAUCCAGGGCACGGAGGAGGUCAUGCUGGAGGACAUCAAUACAUUGCAGACGCUGGGGCUGGGAGCCGACGCAGCGAGCGACGAUUCGCGAGACGCCCUGGGCGUCGUUUACCAAAGGGCUCGCGCCGAGGCGGACUCGCUGCGGCAGCGGCUGUCGAAGCUGACGCGCAACAUUCGGGCGCGCGAACGGGAAGCCGACGAGUCCCUCCUGCACAGACUGGAGGCGAUCAGUCUCCUGCAUUCGCUGGAUUUCGCCAUCCAACACAUGCAGCACACGAGCACGCAAGCGGAGACGCGAAAGGCCGCACUCGGCGACGCCCUGGCUCGAAUUGGCAGGAUGUCUGCAGCGCUGGAGAAGGCGGGCGGCGAUGCUCACAGCAGUGGAUCGACCGCAGACGCCGCCUUCUGGAUCAAAACUGCCGCAGAUGUCUCUGCUUUCCGAUCCCGCGCCGAGGAAGCGCGUGCGCAAGCGACCGCGCUCAUUGGCGGCGCUGAGGCGUUCCUCCGGGUCGCCUUCGAGGACGUGAAAGACGCGCGUGGCGUUCUGAGUCAAUGCAAGGUCGAUCUGGAGCCGGUCCUCGUCAGUAGAUGCGUGGGCUUGGAAGCCAUGCUUGGCGCAGUCGCGAGCACGACGCUCCCCGGUCUCGAGGCAAGUGUCAUGGAGACGCUCGAGAAAAUGAAGGUCAUGCGACAGGCGCAGCACGCGCUUCAGGAGGCUUUGAUUGCCCACGCCAAGGAGGCACUCCUAGUCAACGUGCAAAAGGCUAGCGAAGUCUCCGCCAGGAGCAACGAUGUUCUGAGGGAAAUCCGCGACACAGUCAAUGAGAUGCAGCAAGCAGUCGCGCGUGCAGGGCUUAAGGCGGGCGCGGCUCGCAGGACCCCGCAGCAAGUCGGAGAUGCUGCUGCUGUCGCCGAGCGGGAUGUCGAUGCGGAAGCAAAGCUCAUUAAGUCGCUGCAGCGAAUGGCUGAGCACGGGGCAGCGCUGGCGAAGAAUCUGAGUAUUGCCGCGGAUGCCAUGAGAGCGACGCUGGUGCCGACAGCGAUCGUGGAAGUGCUCCCAGACGCGUCGCUCGCGGCGAGCGUCAAUCAGCACGCCAACGACGUUGAAGCUCAGACGCGGGCUUGGAAUGCUGAAGCGGCCAGCAUGGUGGCGGAGAUGCAGGAUAUUGUAGGGGAGCUGCAGCGGACCUAUCAGACCGUCACGCAGUCCUGGGUACGCCACGAGGUCACCGCCUACCUCGCGGUUGUCAGCGCCCUUCUUCGCAAGGCAGAACUUGACAGGGGCGACGAAGCGGCCCCGGUUUCAGAGCUCUUCAGAAGUGCCGUACUUCUGAAGCGCGCGAACUCUCUGCUACGCAGCGUCCCUGGGCCGUGGACUGACGACGCGGCGGCGGACGACAGGCGCGCGGGUCUCGUGCAGAAGGCUCACGAUCUGGGUCAGAAACUGGAGAGUCUGAUGGACCGGCAUCAGUUGAGCAAGUUCGAGGGUGUUGUCUUGUCAACUGGGAGUGCCCUGCGUUCUGUGGACGACGCCGCUUUGCCUUCCAACGUGAAGAAGGCUCUCGCCGCUCUCGGCCGGACGCAGGCUGAGGCUGCAAGACUUCUGCGCAUGAGGUCGAAGCUGCCUCAGAUGGGGAGCAAGGAGCGCGCACGCUCUCAGCAAGAGCUGCGCUCUCACCUCAAUCUGGUGGCGCGUCAAACCAAGGAAGCUCUCAGCAUGCUGGAAAGCGUUAUGCUUAACGAAAAACAAAAGGGCGAUUCGAAGACGCAGCGGCUGAUUUCGUCGCUCACGCAAGGCGUCGAGCUUGCCUCGCAGAUAGCUCGCGAUGUCUCGGAAAAAGCUGGUAGCGGAGGUGACGCCGACCGCGCGUCCGCACUGGCGCGCAUCCGUGCCCUUCAGAAGCAGGGCGAAUAUCCUGUCGCCGUCAAGGAGGAGCUUUCUGACGCUUUUGAACGCACAGCCGUUCUCCUCGAGCACGUCCGUCGCGAAGCCGAGCGUGGAGAUGGGGCUUACGCCGCGGGCUCGCCUGCGGAUCAGUCUCAGGAGAUGCCGGAAGCGAUGGAAGGUCUGCGGCGUCUCAUAAAGGAUAUGGACGAGCGCAACCAAGGAAUGAAGCAGUCGUUGGAAGCGGCCUUGAAGGCGCUUCAGAAGGCGCACGGCGCGGUCAGGGAGAUGAACGCGCAACGCAGUGUCGCUGCCGUUCCCGCGGACGGGGACGAAGUGCCGGCGGCCUACGUGGAAAAGCUCACUCACAUCAUGGAGGCCGCCGACAAUGACCGCAGAAAUCUCGAGGUUGGAUUGGGCAUUGGUCUAGGAAUUGUCUUGUUUCUCCUCGUUAUCGCCAGCGUCGUAUUUGUGUUUGUCAAGAGACGACUCAGCAGACGUCUCAGUGUGCUGUCACGUACCGAUGACUCAUUUGACAAGGAGGCGAGCGCGCAGGUUGCCGCGCCGUCCCAGCAGUCCAACUAG